UAGGGGUGGACAAGAAAAACCCACCCGAGAAUAACCAACCGAACCGGUUGUAGGUGGAUGUUUCGGGUCGGGUUAAUUCGGUUUGACGGGUUGGACGGAUGUUGCAAACGGGUUCAGAGGGGUAUGUGUGGUCGGGUUCGGUUUUGAUUUUUUGGCCCAACAAAAUCCGAGCCCGACCGAUUCCAUUACAUUACUAUUACUAUCAAGGAGAAUUUUGGCACCUUGACCCAACAAAAUCAGAUUGCAAAAUCAGAACUUGCCCCGUCUACUCUACCCUGAACCCUAAAGCUUGCGCCGUCCACCGUCCACCCUGAACUCUGAAGCUUGCGCCGUCCACCGUCCACCCUGAACUCUGAAGCUUGCGCCGUCCACCCCUCUGAAGCUUGCACCGUCCACCCUGAACCCCAAAGCUUGCGCCGUCCACCUCUCUGAAGCUUGCGCCAUCCACCCCUCUGAACCCUAAAGCUUGCGCCGUCCACCUCUCCGAACCCUAAAGCUCCGUCCACCCCUCUGAACCCUAAAGCUUUAGCGUCGUCACCAUGCUUCAUCUCCAAAAGUAAAACAAUUGUCAGUAAAACCUUGCUUCAGCUCAAUUGGCUCAUGAGGUUAUGGCUAUUCAGAAAAAUAUUGAAGGCUGAAUAUAUUGUGUUGUGAAUGGCAUCAACAUCUUGUGUUAUCAAGAGUCCAUUAGCUAUGAAAGAGACGGGUUCAAGCUGUGGUCAGUAUCCUCCUCCUAUGGCAACGUAUGAAGAGGUUGUGGACAAUCCUAAGCUCUUUUUGCAUAGCUUGGAGAAGCUCCAUGCUACAAUGGGCACCAAGUUCAUGAUUCCCAUUAUUGGGGGAAAGGAGUUGGAUUUACACCGCCUCUUUGUUGAAGUGACUUCUCGUGGAGGGAUUGAGAAAAUCAUUAAGGAUAGAAAAUGGAAAGAUAUAACUUUAGUUUUCAAUUUUCCAUCAACGGCAACAAAUGCUUCUUUUGUGCUGCGGAAGUACUAUACUUCAUUACUCUACCAUUAUGAGCAAAUCUAUUAUUUUAAAGCUCAUAAUUGGACUCAUGCAGCUUCAGAUGUUUUGCAGAGUCCACCAUCCACCCCAGUUCCUGCUCUGAAGAUGCCGUUUUCACAUCCUUCAUCUGAAGUUCAACCAGCUGUCGUUCAACCGUUAAAUGUUAAUGCUGCUGGAUUGCCUGAAGAACAACACGUCAGGCUAAAACCUCUUAACCAAGGGAAGGACCGAGAGAUCAGUAGGACCAUCGGUGAACUCUGGAACAAGUUAAAUGAAUCUGAAAAAGCAGUUUAUCAAGAACAAGCCAUGAAGGACAAAGAGAGCAAGGAAGAACUGCUGAAGCUGAAGUUGAGUUUGAAAGGCUUCUGGGUGUAUCCGAAGCAAAGUUUGCAAUAUCACAGUUAUCCAAGGUAGAUAGAGGUGACGAUACUGAUACUGUGAAGUUCUCUGAAUUGCUUCAUUGUCAUCAUUCUAAAGGUAUAUAGUUUUUUAUGUCUAUCUCUAGGAAAGUCGCGUCAUUGUGUGUUUAUGUCAUUGUUAUUAGCUUGUCACUGGUUUCUUUAGGUAUCCAAAAGUCAUUUUUUAUUCACGAGUUCGUUUUGCAGUUGUUUUUAUUGGAUCAACCCUAUUUGCUUUACAACAGCUAUCUGGUAUAAAUGCUGUGUUUUAUUUCUCUUCAACUGUUUUUAAAAGUGCUGGAGUACCAUCGGAUGUUGCAAAUGUGUGCAUAGGCGAUAUCAAUGAUCAUUCAAGCCACAGGAGCAAGUUCACUUUUACUAAACACGGGAGCUCUGUACCUAUCUGUUGGUGGCAUGCUAAUGUCUGUAAUUUCCUUGUUGGGUUACUGUUCUUGCGUUUACUGGAGAAACUUGGUCCACAACUGCUUUACUCAAUGUUUGCUACAUUCUGCAUGAUGGCAGUAAUCUUUGUAAAAAGAAAUGUGGUGGAAACCAAAGGGAAAUCACUUCAAGAAAUUGAGAUAGCACUUCUUCCCCAAGACUAGAGCUUCUUACAAAAACCCAUUCACUGCAGUAAUUUUGCAUAAUUUGGGGGCUAUCAUAGUGUCGGCUAUGAGCAUAUUAUGAACAAAUGUUAACAAUGAUUGUUCAAUCCAUUUCCGAAAAAUGCAGCAAUUUCAUAAGUUUUAAGA